ACUGAGAAUGUGUAUAAAACUAGAAAUGUUGUUAUUGUUGCCCAGCUGAUGGAGUCGUGGGCUGUGUUUGUAGUCAUUCAUAAAGAAGAAAGAUCACACCUUACAGAGGUCAAGCAAGAUGAGUUCAUUGUUGCUCCAGCUAGCCUUGCCAUGUGUUCUCAGAGGUGGAUCCCGGGCUAUGAGAAUAGCAAGCACUGAAGGGCAUUUGAGAAGUUUAGCUGCACCAAUGCAGAAGAGACAGCUUCAUAUGACUCCACAAGAGGUUUCUCCUUCAAAAACUAUAAGAGAUGUGAUAACCGACUUAACACACAAGGUUGGAGCCUCAAAGAGUUUCAGCCAAGUUGUGGAUCGGACAUUUCUGCUAGAGCUUCUUCCAGCAUCCCGUGAUGAGUUGCCCGUGCGCACUAUGAUGGAUAGCUGGGAUAGUGUACUUAUUCCUCUGGGAUCGGAAGAAAGACUUCGAGAGAAGUAUGUAACUUUCAUGGGAGGUGUGAGAAUUGGACGCCUGUUGGAAGAUCUUGAUGUGUUUGCUGUAUGGCUUUGCUACAAGCACAUUAAAAAUCCUCGCCAGAAAGAUGAUAUGCCCAGUCCUUACAGUAUUGUUACGGCCCUUGUAGAUAGAAUAGAUUUUAAUCAAGAAGCAAUUUUGCGGCCAGAUAAGGAUAUCAGAUUGUCUGGUCACGUUUCCUGGACUGGCCGGUCAUCCAUGGAAACAAUCAUCACAGUAGAACAAGAUAUUGAUGGGAUAUGGAAGCAGGUUACUCGUGCACUGUUUGUAAUGGUUGCAAGGGAUCCUCUCAAUCAGGGCUCGGUUGUAGUUAAUAAGCUUGUAUGUGAAAGUCCGGAAGAGCGGAAGAUCUAUCAGGCUGGAGAGAUAAAUAAACUGCAUCGAAAAGUGAUUCAAGAAGAAAGCCUAUUCAGAGUCCCACCAAAUGAAACAGAGAAAACUUUGGUUCAUGAGCUGUUCAUGUCAAUGGCUAAUCCUAAGGAGCACUCAUACUCUUCCAAGAAGACACCUGAGAAUUCUAUUUGGCUUGAAGACACCAAACUGAAAAAUCUCAUCAUAUGCCAUCCUGAGUUUCGCAAUAUCUUCAAUAAAAUCUUUGGUGGCUUCUUGAUGCGGCUAGCAUUUGAGCUUUCAUGGGCCAAUGCCUUUGCAUAUAGUAAACAACGACCACGAGCAUUGCACAUAGAUGACAUCAUGUUCCGUCAGCCUGUGGAAAUUGGUUCCCUGCUUUACCUUAACUCGCAGGUUGUGUAUACAGAAGGCUCACAUGUUCAGAUCAGUACAAAAGCAAGUGUAAUGGAUCCAGUUACAAGAUCUACCAGUCUUACAAACAUCUUUCACUUCACCUAUGCAGUUGACCAACAAGUCCCGUCUACAUUGCCUCGGACAUAUCCUGAAGCCAUGUUGUACCUGGAUGGUCGACGCCACUACCAGUUGGUGCGAGGACUCCGCAAAUUUUAUGGUCAAGGGGAAGUGGUCUCAGAUGCUACAAUUUAGGAGGAUGCAACUUAUGGUUUUCCAAGGUCAAACACUGGGAAGCUAAAAUGGACGAAAAGCCACUAAUGUGGUGGUUAUGUAGUAAGUUAGAGACUAAUUAGAAUAGUGGUAAUAAAAUAUGAGUAUAGUGGAGUGGAUAAAAUAUAGAAAUAUCUUUUAAAGAAUUUAUAAUAUAUUUAUUUGUAAAAAUAUUGCAGUAAAUGAGUGUGAAGAUGUAAUUUUUGUACGGUCUGUAAUUAAUGAGGUGUGUGAGUGAGAUGGUAUGGAUAUAUGGAAUUCACAUGAGCAAAUGUGCGUGACUUGAGGUAACUGUAGUUAGAUACGGUAAGAAACCCAAUUUUAUUUUAUUUUAAAUGGAAUAUUAAUUUUGAGAGAGAAAUUGGGUAGAAUACAAUAUAGUUAAAGACACUGUAUAUGCUAUCAUUUUUAGAGCAGGUCUUGGAGAAAAAUACAUGUAAUGGACAAUAAGUCAUGACUGAAAAUCCAUUUCUUGUAUGUCACAAACUGCAUAGAGGAGGGGGGGGAAUUAUCAGGAGAAAGUGCCAAGUCUUUACGACUACAUAGCACUUUGAAGGGAUCGGGAUAAGGAUUUGGGAUGGGAUAGGGGUAAGGAAUGGUGUCCAAGCACUUGGAUGGUCGGGAUUGAACGUCGACCUGCACGAAGCGAGACCGUCACUCUACCAUCCAGUCCAAGUGGUUGAGUACAUAAAGGAUUUUACAAAAAAAUUUGUGGUGUGUAGUUAUUUAUCAAAAUAUGUUAAAUGGAAAUUUUAAUAUUUAUAUUUUCCUUGUUAAUUACUGGUUAGCAAAAGUAGCAUCAGUUACUUUGAUUUUAACUGUUUAUAAUUAUAUUUUCUAAACAUUGUGAAUUAUAUUUAUCCAAUACAAUAUAGUGAAUACAAUACUUGGAAAUUAUAUUUUCAUUAUUUUUAUUUAUAUACUACUGUAUUUGUUUUAUUAGCUUUAUCCCAGUAACUUGUAAGCAGUUUGAAUCUCACAACAGAGUUUCACACAUACAUGGUUUAUUUUCUGACCUAAUUUUUUUUUAAAUGCAUGGCACAAUUUUUGCUCUGUAUAGAUUGGAGCGCAGGGUUGAUGCACAUCUGGGGGCCUUUGUUUCAUUUUAGCUGCAAGCUGGUAAAACACAUUGGGGCAUGGGUUAAGUGUGCAUUUGGGUGCACAAACGGUGUUUAUCACUGCAGGGUGCUGCACCACAUUGACAUGCAGAGUUGGUACCGAGUAAAGAGAGACUUGGGCUGGUUAUACAGUGAAGGAAUCUGUUAUGUGCUCUUAAUUUCAUCAGGUAUACAUUGAUCUGGAGGAGAUACUGAUGUUUGAAGCAUUAUUUACGUACAGUAUAUUGAUUCUAUGACAAUAUUGUCCCUUAAACAUACACAUUUUUGUGGAUAUACUAUACAGUACUAUAGUUAAAUUUUGAGUGUACUGAAUGGGCUUCUUUUCUCACAUGUCUGAAAAGCUCAGAGGUUUCUUGGAUAUGUUCAAUGCAUCUUUGGUCAAAGAUGUCUUCAAGGAGGAGAAAACUUGUUUUGUGAGUUGCAUGUGUAUGUGAUAUGAAUGUGUACCUAAAAACCUGGAGAUGAUGAUUUGCAUCCUAUUGCAUUUGGGAUCUAUAUAUAACUAUGAGAAUGGUUUUUAUGCAUUAUUAUGCAUCACAACUCGUUGGAAGUGCCUGAUGACCUUGAUGGGCUAUGGCAAAGUGGGCACACUGUUUUGAGAUUUAUUGCUCAGAAAAGGGAAUUGCACAGUUACCAUUGAUUGGUUUCAUUACUUUCAUUGUAUAUUUUUGUUCAAAUGAAAAGUAUCUAGUAAUGUGUCCUUUGAGGCAGUUGUAAUGCAGUAUUUCCUAUGUAGCACCACUUUUAAUAAACAAACAAAACGUA